CCCAUACAAAGAGAACACAAAAGAAACCCUAAGGAACUUGUAACUAUAUAAAAGCUCCGACUUCGAUUCGGCGUCUCUUUCCUUCACCUGAGCGGACGAAAACACUCAAGCUUGCAGAGAUCUUUCACUUUAAUCCUUGAGAAGUAGCAAAAAUGGCUGAAAAGGCGGUCACCAUCCGAACCAGGAAAUUCAUGACCAACAGACUUCUCUCCAGGAAGCAGUUCGUUAUUGAUGUUCUUCACCCUGGAAGAGCCAAUGUUUCAAAGGCUGAGCUGAAGGAGAAGCUAGCAAGGAUGUACGAGGUCAAGGAUCCAAAUGCAAUCUUCGUAUUCAAAUUCAGAACCCACUUUGGAGGUGGUAAAUCAUCCGGGUUUGGUUUGAUCUAUGAUACUGUUGAGAGCGCUAAGAAGUUUGAACCCAAAUACAGACUUAUCAGGGUAAAUGCUUUUUCCACUCUUGUUUCCAUUGUUAUAUAUUGCUACUCACAUUGACCCGUCUUAAAUCAUUACUCUUGCUCAUUACUGUUUGUCUGAAAAUUAUAAGCUAUGUGAUAAGUUUCGGACUUUAUAUCGUAUUGCACUUGGUGUUCUCUGCAUCUUUAUACUUAAACAUGCUUUGUCUAUGUGGUUGGCAGAAUGGACUUGACACUAAGAUUGAGAAGUCAAGGAAACAAAUUAAGGAAAGGAAGAACAGGGCGAAGAAAAUCCGUGGUGUUAAGAAGACAAAGGCUGGUGAUGCCAAGAAGAAGUGAGAUCCUGAAGAGAGAAUCUUUAUCUUGUGGGUUCUUGUUCUCCAUAAUCAAUCACCUUUUAUGUUAUUUGUCCGCUGUUAGAUCGUUUCUCCAACUAGACAUGUUUACUGAAAUCUGAGAUUUUCGUUUAUUUUUGUUUUGGUCAGUUUAUGUUUUGAGUUUAGAGAAACAUAUGAUCCAAGGUUUUUGUUCAAUACAACUAUUUAAUCUCUCUCUCGUCUCUUUCCACCAUUCCCAUGCGCAGCAGAUAUAAGCAUUUUCUUGUUCCUUAGGUGAUUUAAUUCUUGAUCGGUUACUCGUGCGGCUGUGUUUGAUUGUAAACGUGAGUCUCUCUGGCUAUUAUCGAUGUUAUUUACCCACAUAUAAUGAAAAUUUACUUAGAUC